CGCUGCUUAUCACACGACCCACCACGCCCCUCGCCUCACCAUCUCAACUCCCUUCCCGCCCUACACUUGUUGCCACAAGAAUGUACCCCUCCAACAGUCGCCCAGGAGGCUAUGGCACCAAUGGAACCUACGAGAUCACACCCAUGAAGCCCAGCGAGCAUUCUCCAACUUGGCUAGGGAAAUGGAGCGUCCAAGACAGACCAUUACCCGAAAAAACAGCUAUCAAAGCCAUCCAUGUCUACGACUUCGAUAACACGCUUUUCAAGUCACCGCUUCCUAAUGCGAAGAUCUGGCACGCUAGUACACUUGGGCAGCUGAUGAAUCGGGAUAUCUUUAAAAACGGAGGUUGGUGGCAUGAUUCGCGAAUCCUUGCAGCUACUGGUGAAGGCAUCGAGGUCGAGGAACCACGGAGUUGGGAAGGCUGGUGGAAUGAACGGGUCGUGACUUUAGUCGAGCUCUCCAUGCAACAAAAGGAUGCGCUCACGAUUCUUCUCACUGGGCGUUCCGUGGCGGAGUUUGUGCCCCUUAUCAAGCGGAUGGUUGCCAGCAAAAAACUCAAUUUCGACAUAAUCGCGCUGAAGCCUGAGAGAGGGCCUGGUGGAGAGAACAUCAAGAAUACCAUGCAUUUCAAGUGCAUGUUCUUGAAUGAUCUCCUCAACACCUAUAUCCAUACCGAUGAGGUCAAGGUUUAUGAGGACCGCGAAAGACACGUGAGGGCGUUUGAAUCAUUUCUUAAGGAUUACAUUCGAAUCAAUUGUCACAAUAAUAAUCCAAGAAUUGGUCCGACAGCGGAUGUUAUUCAUAUCGCUGAGGAAUCUACGCUUCUUGACCCAGUCACUGAGGUUAGGGAAGCUCUGAAGAUGGUUGAGGAUCAUAACCAUGUUGCCCCAGGGGGCACUGGGCGCUUGGUCAUCAACAAGACGGUCAGUUACACCGGUUACCUUUUAGCACCCGCAACGACCUCUCGUUUACUCAACACCCUGAAUAUCCCGGGACUUGCGCGGAAUCAUAAGGACAUAAGACUUAAUGGUACUGGGAUCCUGAUAUCUCCUCGCGCCGCCGAUAACCGUGUCUUGACCAAUGCUGGCCCCUUGGGAACGACAGUUGACUUUUUGGUGACUGGAUGGGGUCACUUUGAGAAUAAAGUUUGGGCAGCAUUGGCACAGCCCGUGGAUCCAAACUACAAGGUUUAUAGUGGUGAUCAUCGCCCGGUAAUUAUACUUGCGAUCCGUCGCGACGGGAAACCUAGUGAUGCUCAGAAAAUCACAACCUGGCAGCAGGUUCCGACUGGUAACUUUGUCGUUAGAACGAUGAUCGCUGAGAAAGCCUAUCUUCGCGUCGAAGGCGAGAGCUACCAGUCAGAGGAAAAGCCUUCGCUCCACCCAUCCCGUCGUGGAAAUUUUCAAGGUCGCUACGUUUCCUAUGACCGGUUCAACCCAAACCGUGGCCGCGGUGGCAGAGGUCGCGGGCGCAGUCACGGUCCGGGCAUUGCUGGGAGAAGAGGAGCCAACGCAGAGAACAGACAGGAAGUCCAUGCGGUAGACAGGAAUGGCGGAUAUCAUGCUUACGAACGCCACCAGCAAGGCACUAGGCCCGUAGAACCCCAGGAUAUGCAGUUCAUGAGCGAGAUGUAUGAAUAGUGGUGCGUUUGUUUGUGUUUUAGUCUUUCAACAGGCUUGGUGGGGAGGUUGGUCACGGUUGGCUGGAGUUCUGUGCUGUAAUGUACUCCAGUUUACACCUUGGAUUUGCGGCGUUUGCGACUAGCUGGUACCGCUUGAUGCUGUUGGUUUAUCCAUUGACAAUGAGCUGUAUGGUAAAACGAUGUCAAGUGAAAUAAAAGCAGACGUGUGGGUAUGGCGGCAGGGAGUUACCGGAUAGAACAACAUUUCCGAUAUCCUUGGGGAAUUUCAUUGUCCUUGGACAUUCCUUUGAAGGCCUUUAAUAGGUUAAAAUUUUAUGGUUAGGAGUGUAUCUGAGUUGAUGUUGCAGCAAUGAUCGAUGGGUUGGGAAUGGUGAUGGGUAUUAUGGAACGGAUGGCUGGUCUAGGAUGCCCCAAAGAGAUGGCUGGUUAAUGGAGGUUUGGUUGGAACUGAUACCGGGGUGGAAUGUAUCCACCGGGGUCAUAACCACGCGACCGGGGCCAGGUAGCUGGCGUUGCAACAUAUGUACCUAAACACUAGAUCAUAUAAGUAAUUCUGCA